AUGGAAAGCAGCAUUGCGGCUUUGUCAAGGCAUCAGAUAUCUGACUUUUUCGCAAAAACUUGUCUGACGCAGCAGCAAUGCGAUGAACAGGCUGAACUUAUCGCAGGCACACCUGUCCACGCAGCAAUUGUGCAAGGCGGAACCAGCUACACGGUUGUCAACGAGCAGAUUGCUGUCCAGUUUCGCGCCAAGGACUUCAUGCUGGAUAUUGAGUUUCUCGGCCAUGUUGAGCGAGCCUACGCAAACUUCAUGCCACACCACAGGUGCGCCGGCAAGCUAGGCGACCUCUACAUCUACACGAUGAACAAUGUCGGUGGCAUCUCGAUGUAUCUUGCCCGGAACGAGCUGCUUCAGAAUGACUGUCAGCUACUACAACGAACUCUGCAAGAUUAUGCAAGAUUCUUCGCCUCUGCCUGGCACAACACGCCAGCAUCGAUGCUGCUUCCAAAGCGCGAGACGCUGUUGGAGGACUACUCGUCGCAGCUCCGGAAGCUCUACGAUGGGCUGCCGAUGCGCUUUCGCUCGACUCUGGAUCAUCUCAUCACCCGUCUCCCCGACCUCUUUGCCGAGGACUGGCCGCUCGUGCCCAAUCACAUUGACCUCUUGGAGAACAAUAUCCAUGUAGACCGGAGCACAGGGCAGAUCAUGGGUAUCUGCGACUGGAAAGAUGCCGAGAUCAGUCCGUUUGGGAUGUCGCUCGGGGGCCUCGAGACCAUGCUUGGGAUCUGGAAGAUGAAAGAAGGCUGGUGCUACCAUACCAACCAGCAGACCCUCCGGGCCCAUUUCUGGGAGGCUUUUUACAAUAGCAUGGGAGACAUCUCUGAGACGCAGAAGGAACUUGUAAAUCUUGCGAGAUUGGUUGGUAUUUUCCUGGCGAAUGGCUUCGAGUUGGACGACAAUGAGAACAAGGUACCCGCUUCUAGCCUGCAAUAUCUCGAAGCGGUUGUUCUGGGCAAUUGA